AUGAGCGUUGGCUCGAGACCCAUCGACUACAGCAAGCCUUUCGAGCUGGGCCGAGCUUGCGGGAUGAAGCAGCUUGGUGUUGGCCCAGGUGUGCCAGGUCAAUUCACCGCCGCCGAGGAUGAGUUCCGGAAGGGAAGUCAGAUGGUUGGGCUGCCAAGUGCCUCGCCGGCGCUGGCGUUGGCCUUUUGGCCGUGGCAGGCGUUCGUGCAUACCUCAGGCCCAAGGGCUACCGUCGCCCCACGUGGCGUGCACUGCCGGAGGGCGAUCUCUUGCAGCAAGGCUUCAAGCUGA